GGUUUGGUUUGUUGUUGUCCUGUUCUGUUUCCGGUGUGGAUGCAGCCGCAGCAGCUGUUUAUGGUUCCAGGAUGACCAAAGUGCAGCUCCUGAGCUCCUACCUGACGGAGCGGCUGACGGCGGUGGUGAAGGAGAUCCUGGACGUGGUGGAGGACACGGUGACGGAGUACCGGGAGGAGACGGCCAGGACCCGGCGGGAGAACGACAGCCUCCGGCGGCAGCUGCGGGACAUCCUGCUGCUGGAGGCCGAGACGGAGUGGCUGAGGUCGACCAGGUCCAGUCUUGGUUUUGGGUCUCCUGAGCAGCCGUCCCGUGAUCCGGAGCCGAGGCCCGGCUCGGAGGAGUCCGAUUCCCCCCCUAACCAGUCCCGACCACCGCCAGCUUCCGCCGCCAAGCCGACUCACGAGCAGGUCGUCUCUGUGCAGCUGCUGCCGGUCCAGAGCGAGGCGUCCCCGGGGCCCGUACUCUCGCCGGGGGACCAGAAGCCCGCCGAGGCCUGGGAGCCGGUCCUGGACCCGGUCCUGGAUCCGGACCCCCUGAAGGAGGCGUUUGGGAAAGCUUCACCUCUUCCUGCUCACUCCUCCCUGAACCCUCCCUCCGCCUCGGGCCCUAAAGUCCACGUGGAGCUUCCUGCGGUCAGCGAGGAGCCCUGGGGCCCGCCGGCCGCCGCUCCCAUCAAGACUGAACCCGACGAAUACAAAGUGAGCGCACCCGAAGGUCACACGGACGCCACACAGGAAGGCGUCAGAAACAGGACGGUGGUGGUGCGCGCAGACCGACAGGAAGCUCAUCGAAACAGGAAGUCCUGUCAGGAGAAGGUCGCCGCCGCUGACGUCACGGCCGCCGGUUACAUCCCCGAGCUCGUCCAUCGCUGCCCCCGCUGCGGCGAGGCAUUCGGCCAGGCCGGCAGCCUCCGCCUCCACCUGGAGCAGAAGAGGAAGACCUACGCCUGCGACUGGUGCUGCAAAUCCUUCGCGCAGUCGGCGGACCUGCGGCGCCACCUGCGCACGCACACGGGCGAGAGGCCGCACCGCUGCACCUUCUGCUCCAAGAGCUUCAGCCAGAGAGGAAACCUGCGGCGCCACCUACGCAUCCACACGGGAGAGCGUCCGUACAGCUGCCCGUACUGCUGCCGCACCUUCAGCGACGGCGACACCAUGAAGAAACACAAGCGCACGCACUCGGGAGAGAAACCGUACCGCUGCGUCCAGUGCUCCAAGACCUUCGCCAGCGCCAGCGGCCUGCAGAUACACUUAAAGAGGGACAUGUGCUUCGUGGCCAACGCCUGAUUGGUCUGUUCAGGUGACUUCACGUCUGACUACACGUGUGACGCAGAAACUCAGCGGAACAAGCCGCCGCCGCUGAUGAAGACGGAUCUACAUUCCUGCUGAGAGUCUUUAAAGCACUUUGUUUAGUCUCUGAACGGGACAGGAAGUAGUUAAUAGGCAGCUACACAUGAUGACAUCAUCACGCCUUCACGUUUAUUUAUUUAUUACUGUAGUCGUGUUUCCGAGCAGCUGGACGCCGGACGCUGUGGACAAUGUGGACAAUGUGGACA